AGCACUUCAAAGCACAAAAGCCGAGUUCAAUAAACGUAACACGGGCUACAGAGUCACAAAAACAAAAAGAAAACGAAAACGAAUCAGCAACUUCAAGCCAAGCACAGCACGAACUCGACAGAGAAGUUGAAUUAGAAUUGGGAUCAAAUACCACUGUCCCUACAAAUAAAAGUCCAGCUUUACCUGCUGGUCUGGAUGUGCUAAACUCAUGUUUGAACGAAUUGAAGUUGGUUACACAACGCUACUCUAAGAAGCAAAUUAAGUGGAUUAAUAAUCGGUUUUUGGGCAGUGAGGAUCGUCAAGUACCAGAUUUGUAUGAGCUCGAUACGAGUGAUGUAAAGCUCUGGCAAGCGGAAGUGUAUGCGCGUGCUGUGGCGGUGAUCGAAAGCUAUCGAAGUGGGGUGGUGUGUGAGAUACAACCAAUGACGCGACGACAGCAUCCGGGUGCGGGACUCAAUGAGGAGAUCAGCAACUAUUGUAAAUCCUGCCAGCGACACUUCAUAGGCGAAUUCCAAUGGCAGCUGCAUUUAAAAUCCAAUAAGCAUAAGAAGCGAAGGGAGGCGAUCAGAAAGAAAGAAAAGGCGAAGGACUUGGGUACCAUCACUGGAGAUGUGAAGUCCUAA